GAACUGGAGGAGGAGGUGGAAAUCGAAGAAAACGAGGACGCGUUUGAUAACAUGUUCCUAGGCAAGAUGAGACGCUCGAUUUGGAGCUUCAUGGAGAAACCGUUCUCCUCGAUACCAGCUAAACUAAUGGCGGUCGCCUCGAGUAUGUUUGUGCUGGUGUCACUGGUUACCAUGACUUUGACUACGGUAGACGAAAUGGAGAACAUGGCAUCUGCUAACGAGUUUAGCGGAAAGACAUAUGGAGAGCUUGUAGAGACUCUGUGUAUAACCUUCUUCACCUCCGAGUACCUAUUGCGUCUAGUUUCAACCCCAGAUAUCGGUUGCUUUGUUAAGAGCAUUCUGAACACGGUUGACCUCAUGGCCAUCCUGCCGCAGUUUCUCCAAUUUGCUCUUGAAAGCAUUGAGACCUUCGGUUCUAGGAAACAAACUGCUGACGUGGAGACUGUUGGUCAGGUGAGCAAGGUGGGACAAGUGUUACGAAUCAUGCGACUCAUGCGUAUUUUUCGUGUUCUGAAACUGGCGCGUCACUCAACGGGGCUCAGAGCGUUUGGCUUCACGUUGAGGCAGUGCUACCAGCAGGUGGGAUGUCUCUUCCUCUUUAUCGCCAUGGGGAUCUUCACAUUCUCCGCCAUGGUUUAUACUGUUGAACACGACGUCCCUCAAACCAAAUUCAUCAGUAUUCCACAUUCUUGGUGGUGGGCAUCUGUUAGCAUCUCUGUAGGAUAUGGUGACAUGUAUCCAGAGACCCUUUUGGGGCGGCUAUUUGCCUUUGCCUGCAUUUCCUUUGGGAUCAUUUUGAAUGGCCUUCCUAUCUCCAUGCUCUUUAAUAAGUUCUCUGAUUACUAUGCCAAACUGAAGUCUCAUGAAUAUACUUCCAACAUGAAGAACAGAGGGAAGGUUAACUUCAUCCUGAGAGCCAAGAAGAAACUCACAGUGUGUGGCUGCAUUGAAACUAAUGACACUAAUGUUUUGUAGAGACUAAUGCAAUCGAUUGAAUCUUGUCUGAAUGAGAUCAGUUUCUUAAAAGCCUCUUAUGUAAAAGUGCCAAGUGAAAUUUUAAAACACAAGUAAUAAAUAACACAGAUUUAAAUUAUCAAGUGGUACAUACUUACAGUCUGUUAUUCCUCACAUCUUGUUCCUGGUGAUUUAUCAAUUGUUUAGUUUUCAUGACAUGUAUAAUUCUUUGACAAUAAAGUUAUACUACAGCAUUA